AUGCCGCGACAAAAAUUCCCAAUCGCAGAUUUAACGUGCCCGGUAUUACGGAAGGUGCUGCACGACCGGGAGUUGAGAUCGGCCGGGCGAAAACCGGAUUUAGUGAAGCGGUUGAUCGACAGUGAAGGUAGCGAUGAAAUCGAAUUGUCCGACAACGAGGACAAUGACGACGACCUUCGACAGACGGUUUCCGCUUUGGUGGAAAAUGUGGCGUCAAUAAUGGCGGCGAUUAAAAAUGGCCAAGUCGGUGUACCACCCGUACCACCUGUUCCACCCGUUCCAUCAGCUGUCCUACCCCAGGACGACGAUGCUGUUGCCGAAGCCCAUCAUCAACGCACACCAUUCAAUAUUACCGCACCGACUCAUUCAACGGCUUUCGGCGAUAUCGAGCCGACACUACGACGGCGCAACGAGACGAUGACGUCAACUCGUCAACCGACCGCGGAAUACGUACUUCAACCACGAGAUGUUAUCGGGAUUCUACCAACAUUUGACCCGCUCGACGAUGUGUCCCCAUCAGCCGAACAAUUCAUCGACCGAAUUGAAAAAUUGGCUCAGGUAUAUCACUGGGAAGAAUACCUCGUUCUGUUUGCCGCUAAGGCUAAGUUGAAAGGCCCGGCGAAACGAUGGAUUGACGGAUUGCAAACGACGUUUGCAACGUGGGAAGAAUUCUCCAAAGCGUUAAUUGCAAAUUUCCCCAGUCGAUUUACGACAGAAGAUAUGCGACAGCGGCUCGAUAGCAGCCGUUCCGCACACAACGAAACAACCGAAGAAUAUUUUUUCCGCGUCUGCGCAAUGGGACGACGGGCGAAGCUUGACGACGAAACGAUCGUGUAUUACAUACGACGAGGGCUUUGUAUGAAACCAUUCCAAACUGCCAUAGCCACGAUGCAUUUCAACACGCCGAGCGAAAUGCUAGUGGCCAUACGACGAUUUGUAGCGAACGAUCCGGGAACGAACGAUAGUUCCAAUAGCGUUCGGGGUGAACGAACGAAUAUACUCCGAUCGCCGCCGCUGCUGAAUGCUGCAAAUCAAAAUUCGAGGCUAUGUUACAAUUGUUUCGAAAGAGGGCAUUUGUCGUUGAACUGUCCGAAGCCGCAACGAAGACCACGAUGCGUGAAAUGCAAUAGAACUGGCCAUGCGCAGAAUGACUGCCCGACAGCCGCGCGAACAGAAGCCAACCGCCGAGAGACAAUAAAUCGUAUAGCACAACACACAGACAACAAAUUGCUAACGAAGGCAGUGGAAAUAGGCGACGAUGAAUUUGAAUGUAUUGUGGACUCAGCAAGUAGCUGUUCUUUGAUCAGACAGUCUGAGGCUCAACGAAUUGGACAGAUUAAACAAGUCGAGCCAGCACAACAACUUAAAGGGUUCGGUGGAGCUGUAUACCUUUGCAAUAAGAAAAUAAUUGCAACAAUCAGAAUUGACGACGUGAUACUGGAGGGAGUUUUGUAUAUCGUGGACGACGAGCAGAUGGAUAAGCUGAUACUCAUUGGAACCGAUAUUCUACUGCAAGAAGGUAGGUGCUGCACAAUUCGUGGUCGUGAAUUUAAAAUGAAAUUGGAAUUCGAGAACAUACGAACCGGACCAAUAUCAUCAAUCGAUAAAGAACAACUGUCUGAAGUAUUGGAAAAAUGGCAUAAGUGUUUUUCUACUAAUUUAUCAACGAUCGGUCGUUCAAAUUCCACCGAAAUGGAAAUCCGUGUUACAACCAGCAAACCAGUCAGUCGACAGCCUUACAAGGUUCCGUUCCCGAGGCGAUUGAAAGUGGAAGAAAUGAUCGACGAGCUACUGAAAGCUGGAAUAAUUCGACCGAGCGAGUCGGAAUAUUCAUCUCCGGUCAUACUGGUCGCGAAAUCAGAUGGUACAGACCGGCUUUGUAUCGAUUAUCGAGCAUUAAACACGAUUACAGUGAAGGAACCAUUCCCAGUUCCCAGUGUGGAAGAGCAAGUGGCACAAUUGGCCGGAAAUUCCUUCUUUACUACGCUGGAUUUCAUUUCAGGAUAUUACCAAAUCCCGAUUGCCGAAUCAUCGAAAAAGUAUACGGCUUUCGCCACUCAUAUAGGCCAAUAUGAAUUCAACGUAGCUCCAUUUGGAUUGACCAACGCUCCAUUCAAAUUCCAAAGAGAAAUCCGAAAAAUCACAUCGAGAAUGAAACGACGAGUAGUAUCUUAUGUUGACGAAAUCAUCAUACCGAGCAAAAAUAUCAAAGAAGGCUCGGAAGCGUUGGAUGAGUUCUUAGGAAUAUUAGCGGAAAUCGGUAUGACAUUAAAUAUAAAGAAAUGUACAUUUUUAGCGACCGAAGUAUCCUUUUUGGGACAUCGAAUCACUAAGGAAGGUCUUCUACCCGGUGAAGUGAAAACCGAUGCAAUCCAGAAAUUCCCAACACCUAGUAAUCGAACCGAGGUUCGACGGUUUCUUGGACUAACUAGUUUCUUUCGACGAUUCGUUCAAGGAUAUACUCAGAUAGCUUUACCGUUAACUCGAUUGCUGAAAACGAAGGAUGCGGAACCAUUUACAUGGACAUUUCUUGAACAGGAAGCAUUCGAUACCUUAUGA